AGUUUUCGCGUGUGGGCAGGCGCUUAUAAAAACGCGAGUCAGGCGCUCGAUUUCAGAAGUACUGAUUGUAGCCCCCUCCACGACGGACCGUUGCAAAACGUACCUUUCAAGAAUUCCAGAAAAUGCCUCCCUACACCAUCACCUACUUUCCAGUCCAAGGCCGAUGCAAGGCCAUGCGGAUCCUCCUCGCGGACAUGGGCCAGCAGUGGAAGGAGAAAGUUGUGACUAUGGAUGACUGGACGCAGGGAGAUCUGAAAGCAUCAUGUGCGUUUGGCCAGCUGCCAAAAUUUGAGGACGGUGACCUGGCUUUGUAUCAGUCCAACGCCAUCCUCAGAUAUUUGGGCCGUCAACACGGUGCUUAUGGGUCUAAUAACAAGGAGGCUGCUCUAAUCGACAUGUUGAUGGACGGUGUGGAAGACCUCCGGCUCAAAUAUGUAAAACUGAUCUACGAGGAAUAUGAUACUGGCAAGGAACAAUACCUCAAAGAACUUCCAAGCCACCUCUCCAAGUUUGAUGCUGUUCUGCAGGCCAAUAAAACAGGGUUUUUGGUGGGGGACAAGGUGUCCAUUGCAGACUACAGUCUGUUUGAUGUGAUGCUGAGCCACAGUGUGCUGUCUGGCUGCUCCUGCAAAGGGGAUAAAUGCCCCGGCAUGAAGGCUUUCAUGGAGAAGAUGUCCUCCCGUCCGAAAAUCAAGGAGUACCUGGAGUCUGACGCCUACAAGAAAGUUCCCCUUAACGGAAACGGGAAACAGUGACAGCCCUGCAAGUGGUGUCACCACUAGCCCUCCAGAUCAAAUUACUGGAUAUAAUUGAGUUUUCAAGAGUAGGUAGAUGCUGAAGAUGAUUUAAUCAUUUGCUGGUAGUGGGUGGAUGGGUUUGUUUUCUUGGUAACAUAAAAUCUCUGGAUGCACUUGGGAUGUAGGACAUAUUCCUAAAGCUCAUUAGCUAGCUAGCUAACUAGCUAGCUUGCUUAUGGCAGCUAUGUUCACAAUCAUACAGUUUUGGUUAUCAUUUGCAAUUGAUCGGUUUGUAAAAAGGUGGGGGUUUUGACAUGCCUUAAACAAAAUUGGCUGGCAUUCCUAACUGCUUGAAAGCCAAUUGUUUAUGCUACAGCCUACAACUAGCACGUAACCAUUUCACAAGUUGGAGCCCUGUGAAAAGUUUUACUAGUAAUCUUUUCAAAUCUGAAGAGUAGUUGUUGAUACUUUCAUUUGUUUGUACACUUGUGGAAAAUAAAAACCUUUUGAACAGUU